UGACCAGACGGAGAAGCGGGAAAAAGAGUACUUUUGGGCAUCGAUAAGUUGGUGGAUAAAUUUCGGUUGAACAAAAAACAAUUUGAAAUAAAUAUUUAAUGAUCUUAGACGCUUGAUGCACUGAAUGCUGUCCAAAUAGCACUUGUCGUAGCACUUCCCAUCGAGUUUCCAGCUAUUAUAUAAAAUGGAGUGCAUGGAAAAGGACCAAAUUUAAAGACAAGCUUAGAAACGGCUUACAACACUUGUUGCUUUCUCCAUUUCACUUCAGGGUCACAUAAACAAAAAAAAAAAACAAAAAAAUGAUUAAAUAUGAACGUCUUCGUUGCACGGUUUCCGAAUGUCACGAGAGUGGCAUGCAAGACAGCAGCUCUAUGUUCAAGUUUCCUACAAAGCCGGGCGUCAGGCUGAAGUGGAUGGAGAAUCUCUGCAUGCCAAAGGACGCAAAACUCUCGAAUCGACGGGUGUGCCGGCGACACUUUGAGCCGCACUGUUUCGGCAAGUCCAAAUUGUUCGCCUGGGCAGUACCAACGCUCUUUGUGGGCAAGACAGACGGACUGCACCAUGGCGCCGCAAAGAAGAAAAAGUUGGUGCGAAAGUGCUGCAUCGGGGAUUGCACGACACGAUCGCCGCCCGAUAGAUUGCACUGUUUUCCCACAGAGCCGCAGUUGCGGACAGAGUGGAUGAAGCUGUGCAGGCUUAAAGACGGACUAAAGUGGCCGUUCAUAUGCUCCAGACACUUUCGUCCGAGUCUGCUGCCCAACAAAAACAGCAAGUUGCCAAAGCAAGCCUUACCUGAACUGAAUCUUGGCACUGACACUGAAGAUCCCUUGGAUCUCCCUCUCAGGAACGAGGCUGAAGAUGAGGGAAUCGACGAGGACAAUUCGAAAGGUACUGAUGGGGCUGACUCAUGUCCAUCCUGCCAAGGAACCAAAGACAUCAGCGUUAACUUGCACCAGCAGCUGGCUGCUGCUCUUCUUAGAAUACAGGAACUUGAGCAGAGACUUGAAGAUCACGCAGACACCGAAGAGGAGGAGUACAUUUUCAUGCUGAUGAAAUAAAUAGAGUACAUAUCUGA